AUGGUUGAUGGGAAGCAGCGGACUGGUGCGGCGGCGCCUCUGGACGGAGGAUGGGGCUGGGUGAUCGUCUGCUGCUGCUUCAUGGUGACGGUCUGCACGCGAGCAGUGACCAGGUGUGUCUCCAUCUUCUUUGUGGAGUUUCAGGCUCAUUUUGGAGCCGACUACUCUGCUACAGCCUGGAUCCACAGCCUGGUGGACUGCACGACCAUGCUGUGUGCUCCUGUUGGCAGCCUGGUUGGGAACCGGUGGUCCUGCCGGGUGGCUGUGAUGCUCGGUGGGCUCCUGUCCUCCUGUGGGCUCCUCCUCAGCUCCUUCAGCACCAGUCUGGAGCUCCUCUACCUCGGCAUGGGAGUCCUGACAGGUCUGGGCUUCGCUCUCUGCUACACGCCGGCCAUCGCCAUGGUUGGCUGUUAUUUCCGCCGGCGGAAGGCGUUGGCGUACGGCAUCGCCAUGUCGGGCAGCGGGAUCGGCACCUUCGUGUUGGCGCCGGCGGUGCAGCUGCUCAUCGAGCUGUACUCGUGGAGGGGGGCGCUGCUCGUCCUCAGUGCCUUCGUGGCCAAUCUGUGCGUGUGCGGGGCACUGCUACGACCAAUCACACUGCAAGAGGAGGAGGCGGAGGGACAGGAGGAGGAGCCAGUGGGGGAGGAGAGACCUGGUAGCGUCUCGUCAAAGGACGCCGAGCUCGCACUAAAACUGUCCAAAGACUCGGAGGACAGCCUUUUGUCAUCAGGCAAGUCUUCAUCGCCUUCGUCAUUGCUGUCAAGAGACCCCGCCCCUCAGCUGCAGAGGAGGCGGUGUUUCUGCUUCCUGUCCAGUAAGGAGUACCGUUUCCUGCUGCUGCCGGACUUCCUGGGCCUGGCCGUGUCCUUCCUGUUCCUGGCCAGUGGCUGCAGCCUCCCCUUCGUCUACCUGGUGCCCUACGCUCUGAGCGUCGGAGUCAGUCACCAGCAGGCCGCCUUCCUCAUGUCCAUCCUGGGAGUCAUCGACAUCAUGGGGAACAUCACCUUCGGCUGGCUGACGGACAGAAGGUGUUUGAAGCCGUUCCGUCUGGCGUGUUACGUUUUCUCGGUGGCGAUGGAGGGUCUCUGCUGCCUCUUCAUGCCGGUGCUUCGGUCCCUCCCGCUCCUCGUGCCCUUCGCUGUCCUCUACGGUUACUUUGACGGCGCCUACGUGGCGCUGAUCCCCGUGGUGACGUCAGACCUGGUGGGAGUUCAGUACCUGUCCUCGGCGCUGGGCGUGGUCUACUUCCUCCACGCCAUCCCCUACCUUGUCAGCCCGCCAAUUGGAGGUUGGCUGGUUGACGUCACAGGGAGUUACACGGCCACCUUCUUCCUCAGCGGUGCCGCCAUGCUGGCCAGCUCGCUCGUCCUCGCCACCGUUGCCGGGAUACGCUACUGCCGCCGGCGGGUGACCGACAUCGCAAAGGACACCCAGCACAAGCCCCUCCCCUCAAUCCUGUCCGACCAAUCAGAAUGCUUCAUCGCCUUCAACAAAGAGGAAGUCAGUCAGGGUGUCGCCUCGUAGCCUCACAGGAAACAACCAAUCGGAUUUAUGAACACGAGAGACGACCGGAGUCAGUGAUGAGGGCUGUGAUUGGCCGAGGCUGGCGUCAAUCAGCCGCUUAAGAGGAAGUAAAUUUGUUAAGAGUCCACUGAAGGCGAGUCCGAUGUUUUCAAAGCAAGACUCUACAACACUACGUCAAACCAAGUGCCUUUUUCUGUUUGUUUAUUUUUAUUUGCUUAUUUUUAUUUGUUUUAAAGCUCAUUAGGAUUCUAAAGAAAAGGAUGAGUUAAAAGUGCUAACGCUAGCAUGCAAGCUAACAUGCAGCUGCUCAUGUUCUCAAACAGGAAGAAAACAAAACACAAAUGUGAACCUCAGUACGCUGAAGUCAGCAGCUUCUGACAGCUGAAGCGCUUCAGGCGUGAGCCGCUCUCUGGUCGAGCCACAGCGUGAAUGAACGGACUUCAGCUGUGACCAACAGCGACUGGAAAUAAGACGUCAAAAAGUGGAUUUACUGCAAAGUUACUCUUCAACGUGUCUUUUUUCAGGGAAUCAACAGUAUUAAACUAAAUGUGUCCACAAUGUGUCCACAUCAACGAAACUGGAAACUGCCAGAAUCAGAAUCAGCGUUUUGGCCAAGUUUGUUUGCACAAAUAAGGAAUUUGACUCUGGUUUAAAAAUAGAGCAAAAAAGUAAAUAAAUCAUCAAUCAAUUAUCUUUUAAAUAAUUUCCAAAGAAAAUGUGCCAAAAAUUCACCUGUUUCCACUGUUGAAAUGUUGACAUUUGCACCAUAUUGUGUUUUCUCUCAUAGAAAACAGAAUAUUUUUGGCAGUGAACAUAUUUUGUACAUUAAUUGACUGAUUUUUGCCUCAGAAAUCAUGUCUGUCAGUUUAUGCACCUUCAGUCGCCUCUGUGUGCACAAAUCUUUGGCAGAACUCGAGAUUUACGAUGUGACCCUGAACGCAGCACUCUGACUUUCUCUCUGGAGUCUCAGAAACAAACUAAAUGAAGCCAAACAAAUGUUUCUGUUGUUUUCAGUGUUUGGAACAGAGGCUGCCGGUCAGUCAGGUAUUGAUCCGUCUGUCAGUUUUAGUAACGAGUCGAUCACUACUUGAUUUUGUUGUUUUCAUGCUGCUGCAGGAAGCUGAACUCUUGUUACCAAAGUGUGUGUGUGGAGAUCAUUUCAGUGGUUUUUAACUCAGGUAUUGAUUAACACACUAACCAGAUGGUUUAAUAAUCAGAACUGUCUCGCAAGUCACCCUUGAAGCUGUUUGGAAAAGGGCAGGUCCUUUCGAAAAAGCAACUUGUUGCUUUGCAGCUCAGUGGUUUCAUGUGAUGGGCUGUCAGACUCAUCAGUGAAUAUGUUCAUUUACUUCUGUUGACUCUUCAUGUCGUGAAACCUCU